AUGGAUCCCAGCAGCUGCAUGCGCAUCCCGCAGCCCCCCAGCGCUCUCUGGGGCUGUCUGAGGAGCUCUCCCGGCGAUGUCACCGCAGCUCCGGGGCUCAGCCCCUUCCCAGCAGCGCCCUUCUCCUUCCAGCACAAGGCAGAGCUGGCUCCGUACCCCGAUUUCUCAUCCUCCUGCCCGGUGGCAGCUCCGCACAGCUUUCCCCACGAGGAGCAUCCUCCGUUCCAGCAGCCGGAGUGGCACCGGGCGGGCACCGGGACAGGGAGGGGACAUCACCCCGGGCUGGCACUGCCAUCGGCGGGGACAGAGCGCAGCAGCCCCAGCCCAGCGAGCGCAGCGGCCGCGGGGGAGGAGGAUGAUGCUGUUCCUGAAAUCAGCGCUGAGAAAAAGCCAUCGAAAAGGAGGAAGGAAAGCGCAGAGCCGCAGAACCGCAGCCGCGAGGCAGAGAGCAGCAGCAAAUCCCGCAAGGAACGCACGGCUUUCACCAAGGAGCAGCUGCRGGAGCUGGAGGCUGARUUUGCCCACCACAAUUACCUGACCAGGCUCAGGAGAUACGAGAUCGCCGUCAACCUGGACCUCACCGAAAGACAAGUCAAAGUGUGGUUCCAAAACAGAAGAAUGAAGUGGAAACGUGUGAAAGGUGGGCAGGCAGUGCCUCCACACGAACAGGACACGGAGGAUUUGGACUCUGCYGCCUCCCCCAGCUCAGAGUAA